AUGCCUUCUACAUAUAUCAGAGUUGCCGACGGGCGGCGAUCUUUAAUCCUUGUAGUUUUCAUUGGUGGGGUAACAUUUGCAGAGAUCUCUGCACUUCGUUUUCUCAGUUCCCAGGAAGGAAUGGUGCAUGAUAUUAUUGUAGGAACAACAAAAAUAGUCAACGGCCAUACCUUGAUUGAAACCUUUAUGGAAGAAGGUUCUCCUUCCAGUGUUAGAUACACAAUGCUUCAGUUGUUUCUCUCUGAGCCGAAAUGGAUCGAUUGCAAUGCUAAUGAUGAAUCUGCUAAGCAGAGAAAAUCUCUUCUGAGUGAGUUGGAAUCAGUUAUCCAGUCAUUGCUGUCUUCAGGUGGCCGAUCAGAAGCUCGGCUCUGGCUUUGCAACACUCUUUCGGGAAUAAGUUCUAUUAGCCUGCACCGCCAACAUGAGCUAUUUUUGAGCUUACUGACAUCCAAGCCAACAAAGCAACACUUAGCAGCACAACUUCUGCAAUUGAUAUUCGAUAAGAAGCCACAAAAGGUGGGACCUAUUAUAGCCAAGAAAAGUUACACGUUACAGGAUUUCUUCAGAGGCAAGUAA